AAUCAGAUGGCCACCUUCUUCACUUUGUGCUAGGAAACAAAAUCAGUUAUAAGAGUCCAUGUUGAUCUCGGAAAUAGAGGGAUUUGAAAAAGUUAAGUUUGCACAAAGAACAAGAACUUUACCAUCUCCUUCUUGAUCUGAAGACUGGGGGACCAUGGAUAUUAUAGAGACAGCAAAACUCGAGGAACAUAUGGAAAAUCAAACCAAUGAUCCCGCAAAUACUUACACAAGACCUGCCGAGCCUGUUGAAGAAGAAAACAAAAAUGGCAACAGUAAACCUAAGAGCUUAUCCAAUGGGUUGCGAAAGGGCACCAAAAAGUACCCGGACUAUAUCCAAAUUGCUAUGCCCACUGAAUCAAGGAACAAAUUUCCCCUGGAGUGGUGGAAAACAGGGAUCGCCUUUGUGUACGCUCUUUUCAACCUUGUCUUAACAACCGUCAUGAUCACAGUUGUGCACGAAAGGGUGCCUCCCAAGGAGCUCAGCCCUCCGCUACCAGACAAGUUUUUUGAUUACAUUGAUCGGGUAAAAUGGGCAUUUUCUGUAUCAGAAAUAAAUGGGAUUAUAUUAGUUGGAUUAUGGAUCACCCAGUGGCUGUUUCUGAGAUACAAGUCCAUUGUGGGGCGCAGAUUCUUUUUUAUCAUUGGAACUUUAUACCUGUAUCGCUGUAUCACAAUGUAUGUUACUACUCUCCCUGUGCCUGGAAUGCAUUUCCAGUGUGCCCCAAAGCUCAACGGAGACUCUCAGGCAAAAGUACAACGGAUUCUACGGUUGAUUUCUGGUGGUGGAUUGUCCAUAACUGGAUCCCAUAUCUUGUGUGGAGACUUCCUCUUCAGUGGUCACACCGUUGUGCUGACACUUACUUAUUUGUUCAUCAAAGAAUAUUCGCCUCGUCACUUCUGGUGGUAUCAUUUAAUCUGCUGGCUGCUGAGUGCCGCCGGGAUCAUCUGCAUUCUUGUAGCACAUGAACACUACACUGUCGACGUGAUCAUUGCUUAUUAUAUUACAACACGGCUGUUUUGGUGGUACCAUUCAAUGGCCAAUGAAAAGAACUUGAAGGUCUCUUCACAGACUAAUUUCUUGUCUCGAGCAUGGUGGUUCCCCAUCUUUUAUUUUUUCGAGAAAAACGUACAAGGCUCAAUUCCUUGCUGCUUCUCCUGGCCACUCUCCUGGCCCCCUGGCUGCUUUAAAUCCUCAUGCAAAAAGUAUUCACGGGUUCAGAAAAUCGGUGAAGAUAAUGAGAAAUCUACCUGAGGAGCAAAACAAAGGCAUCAGCUCUUACACCAAAAGAGUUAACGCUGUAACCAAAGGUAUAGUUUUGGGUUUUUAUUUUAGAAGAACUGACUGGUAAAGGAAGAAGUGGACCAAAUUUUGUGUAAAUGAUUAGAAAGAUGAACGAAGUAUUACCCUUUGACUGCUUUUCUGAUUCAUCCUGAGAAAGGUAUAUUCUCCUGCAGCCCUUCAUUCAUUGGUGACAAGCCCCCCCACUGGGAUUUUACUAAUGAGCUUCUUAAAGAGGUGCCAAAGAACAUACUAUUCCUAUCCUUAUUCUUUCUCCACUAAAGCCCUCUACAGAAUUUUUUCAGGAUUUUUUUUUUCUCCAAAGUCAGAAGAAUUUGUUAAUGUUUUAAAUAAACUAUCUGGAUAUAUACAGCUACUGUGUAAAUAGAAUUACCCAAUGUUGAGAGUGGUUUUAGUAUUAGGCUUAUUAAUGAGGGGGAGAUCCAUGGUUAGGAGUAAACUGGAGGUGAACUUUGUUUCCACUUUGUCAUGGGGAAGGUCAGGGUCAGGUCUGGGAAUGUGCACUGCUGCUACCACCCCAUGCACUAUGUAUCACUUUUACUUUUUUUAACUGAUACUUAUACAUACACACAAACACACGUGCACGUGUGUGUGUGUGUGUGUGUGUGUGUGUAUAGAUAUAUAUAGAUAUAUAUAUAGAUAUAUAUAUAUAGGAAAGGUGAUCUAAGUAAAUAUGGAAGUAUUUGACACAUCUCACAGAUUUUACGUGUGUGUAAAUAUUUCCCCUUAGAAUCUCUAUGGCAGAUAUACAGGACGCCUGGAGCUGUUUCUGCUAAACAGGUGGUCCUUGAGUACACAUGUAUAUGCUAUCUGCCGGGUAGAUACGCAUCUGGUAUCCCUAGGGCAGUCAGCUGCUCCAGCACAGGCUGGAAACACAUAGGUGUGUGAGCGGAUGAUCAUGCCACUUGGGGAACAAGGCUGCAUUUCUGUCCUGUCCUACCCUGUGGGAGAUCUGUUUUAGAGCUGCUGGUUGGAACUCAAAAAUGCAGUUGGCCACAUUUCACUGCAGACGAUUUCUUCCUAGUUACAUUGUACUUUGUGGAAAAACCAAGGAGGAGUCCAAAAGUGUAAUGUAUCCUUGCCUUUUAGCAAGAGACUCAGCUUCUUAUAAACUGGUCCUAAGGACAUAUGCCACAAUUGAGUAAUUUUACUUUGAUCCUGAACUUACACCACGGUGCUGCACUAUAACCUACUGUUGAGCUCGGUCUGUUAGACAGUUACAGCUACUCAGUAAAAGGGGGAUCAUCGUUUCUAAAGUUCUUUGAGGUGGUGCAAAAAGAUGGAUUUUUAAAAAUCGGAUCAGAUCAAUGCUGUCCGAGUUAAUCUCUUAAAACUUCUAGUAAGUUUAAAAAAAGAUUUAUGGUUACAAAAUCAUCAACACUAGGUCAGAAGACAGAGAGGCCAAUGACGCCAGUGAGCGAGCAGUUACAUUUAUAUCGAAGGUGAAAAUUCCCCUCCACUUAAGAAUGAGAAAUAUCCCGAAAUUUAUCAUUAUAAACUGGUUUGCCUUGAUUUGAUACACAAAAUUGACCUUCAGAUUGCUUGAGAGAAGCACAGCACAAAUUUUUCAGAAGAGUCCUUAUUUUUGGUGCUAAAAUUCUGUUUGUGUAUUCAGUAUGGCUCUUUCUCAAUGUAACAGAAGAAUCACUAAAGGAAAGGUAGUCAAAUUCAAAGGGAGGAAGAAAGACAUUCUUCAUCUGAUCAUUUAAAACAAGAAUUGAAAUCCUAAAUAUCCUUGACAGGCUUUGAAAUGCAAGGAGUUUUCAGGUAUUUGUUAUUAAAUGAACCGAUGAGAAAUAUAUCUGUAGCUUCCUCGAUGUGCUUAGCCAUAAUUCUGUAUAACUUUCUCUUAUUAAAUAUUGACACUUGUGAUAUAUAAGGGGUUGUGCUUGAAAACACAGAGUUUAAAUUCCUGCUCCCUGAUUAUGAGCAAAAGCAUGUGACACUGAAGCCUGGGUUUUAUGCUCCUUACAUUGGAAUAGUCCUUGAGCAUCUGAUUCAUAACCUGAUAUACCUGAGAGCCUUAUUCAACAGUGUGUUGGAAAACCUAAUUUUCUGCAAAUUAAAAAGGGAAAAGUAUUUAAGAUUUAAAAAUCACGGUGUGUGGAUUGCCAGAGACCCUUGAAACAGUAAAGCUUGCAUUUUAGUCAAGUAAUACAGUUUAAAAAAAAAAACACAUCACCUUUUAAAGAACUUUAAAAACCUCUCUGACCUCAUAUGUGGACACUUGCUCACAUGUUCUUUACGUGUAUGUCUCAUAGAUGUCUAGUAGACACUAAGCAUGAGGUUUGAAAAUAAGGAGGGCAAAUAACCAAAGUUUCAAGAUGGGAAAAGAAAAGCAGUGAAACUCCAUUACAUGUAGGAAAGCAAACUUGAGGCUUAACCUAACAUGCCACUUAGAAAACUUAAACAAUUAUGAUCCUGCUUUUGAAACAAUAAAUUUUGGGAGCUCCUUUUCCUUGCUAAUUACAGUACAAGAUCUUAUCCGUUAUCUUUGUUUUUGUAAACCAGUGCUCCUGUUUGAAGCUUUCCUUGUAAUUUGGUCCUUCUGCACAAUAUCUAUAAUAUAUCAUUCCUGUAAAUUACUCCAUAUUUUUUCUUUUUUUUUUAUUUUUUUUUUAAAUUUUUUUUUUCAAUGUUUAUUUAUUUUUGGGACAGAGAGAGACAGAGCAUGAACGGGGGAG